UUUUUCUAAAGCCGGGUUAAGCUCCUAAAACUCUCGAGGCGCUUCUUUCAAAAACCUGACUAUCAUCCAUUUCCUGAUCUUAAGGUAGUGUGAUAUCAUUCAAGCUAUUCUUGAAUCCUUGGUGAUUACUUUUUUAUUCCUUUAAGCACAAGGAGGAAGGAAACCUUGCUCUUUAUUUUUGAAAAAGUGUUUCGGGUUAGAGUGAGCAGGGAAGGGGUGGUGUUGAGGUAGGAAAAAAGAUCAGAAAAGAAGGAAGAACAAGAAGUCUAGUCCUCAGAACAGAAAGAGCUCUCAACAAGGGGGUGGUUGGGGGGGUUGGUUUUGGUCAAGUGAUGCGCUCAGGAGCUUGUGCAGCGCCGCAGACCCUCACAACAGAGGCUGCUUCAGUCUUGAAGCACUCUCUCAGCUUGGCAAGGAGGAGGGGCCAUGCUCAGGUCACUCCUCUCCAUGUGGCUGCCACUUUACUGAGUUCAAGGGCCAGUCUAUUAAGAAGGGCUUGUCUCAAAUCUCAGCCACGCCAUACAUCACAUCCUCUCCAAUGCAGAGCUCUUGAGCUCUGCUUCAACGUGGCUCUGAAUAGACUGCCAACCACGCCUGGUCCUCUGCUACAUGGCCAGCCCUCUCUAUCGAAUGCUCUCAUUGCCGCACUCAAAAGAGCACAGGCACACCAAAGAAGGGGUUGCAUUGAACAACAGCAACAACAACCACUUUUAGCCAUAAAGGUUGAGUUAGAACAGCUUAUCUUAUCCAUCUUAGAUGACCCUAGCGUCAGCAGGGUUAUGAGAGAGGCUGGGUUCUCUAGCACUACUGUCAAAAACAACAUAGAGGACUCUUCAGCCACUUCUGUGUUUCAGUGUUACAAUAGUUCCGGUGGAGUUUUUUCUUCACCUUGUUCACCUUCUCCAACUGAAACCCAGAGAGAUAUCGUCCACCCUAGCGCUUUCUGGCAAACCCAUUUCUUGACUUGCUCUUCCGAACAAAACCCAGGUCUCUUCUUCCCUCAAAAGAAAGUUCCAACCAACCCCAUCACAGGUUCAGCCUCUUCCAAACAAGAUAUCAAGUUGGUCUUUGAGGUCCUUCUGGGGAAGAAUAAGAGAAAGAACACUGUGAUAGUUAGUGAUUCAACGCCUAUAACUGAAGGCCUAGUGGCGGAGUUAAUGUCAAGGCUUGAAAGAGGGGAGGUUCCCGGAGAGCUGAAAUCAACCCAUGUCAUUAAAUUUCAGUUUGCACCAGUUGCACUAAGAUUCAUGAAGAAGGAAGAUGUGGAGAUGAACCUUUCAGAACUGAAAAGGAAGCUGGUUUCUCUUGCAUCAGGAGGAGGUGGAGCGAUUGUUUACACUGGUGACCUGAAAUGGACAGUUGAGACAACUUUUAAUGAAAGAGAAGGAGGAUUCUCUGGUGGAGAAAUGUCAGGUUAUAACCCCGUUGAUCAUCUCGUUGCCGAAAUAGGGAGGUUAGUCUCUGACAAUGGUAGCUCAAAGACAAAGGUAUGGCUAUUGGCAACUGCGAGUUACCAAACAUACAUGAGGUGCCAAAAACGGAAACCCCCUCUUGAGAUACAAUGGGCUCUUCAAGCCGUUAAUGUUCCAUCAGGUGGACUUGGUUUAAGUCUCCACGGUUACAGUGUGCUUGAUUCAAAUAUGACAUUCUCCCAGAACCCAUAUGAUCAGUUGCUGGAAUUAAAGCCAUUUAGUUGCAAGGAGGAACUAGAUAGGCUCGCAUGCUGUGCAGAAUGUGCAUCCAAUUACGAAAAAGAAGCCAACUUGUUCAAAUCUAGCCAGCAAAAGCUCUUGCCUCCUUGGCUGCAACCUCGUGGAGCUGAUCAAGCCCGCCAAAAGGAUGAAUUGAUGAAGUUGAAGAGAAAGUGGAACAGAAUGUGCCAGAGCGGUCAGCACCAGGUCAGGCAGGAUCAAAGCGUAAUAGGGAAGAGCUGCUCCUAUACUUCAUCCUACCCCUGGUGGCCAAGUCAGAACAGACUCUUCCCCGACUCGAAUUCGAUUUCCUUCGCUAAUUCAACUUUGAAGUCCGCCAACAGCACCAAUCACGUGCCUCGAUUCAGACGACAACAGCCUUGCACCAUUGAAUUCAAUUUCAAUGGCGGUACCGAGAAACAGCAAUCAGCGGAACCGAGCUUGCACUCUCUUAAAGACAACGAUGGGAAGGAAUUGAAGAUUACCCUCGCUCUAGGCAAUUCUAUGUUCCCUCAUUCCACAAAAUUGGUGGAGCAGAAAAGUGAACGAACAAUGCAACUAGCUGACACGUAUAAGCUGCUACAGGAGGUUGUGCCAUGGCAAUCCGAAACCAUUCCUUCAAUAGCCGAGGCCUUGAUUGACUCCAAGCUGGCAAAGCAGGAGACGUGGUUCCUGGUUCAAGGGGAUGACUCCACAGGAAAAAGAAGGUUGGCACGAGCAAUUGCAGAAUCCAUUUUCGGGUCUGCUGAUAUGCUCCUCCACAUGAACAUGACAAAAAGAGAUAAUGAAUUGACCCCAGGUACUGAAGUCCUUGCGAAAACUUUGAAAAACCAUGGAAAGCUUGUCGUCUUGGUGGAAGAUGUUGAUCUGGCUGAUUCCCAGUUCAUGAAAUUCCUAGCUGAUAGAUAUGAAACUGGAAAAUUCGGAGAAUCAAGCAAAAGGGAGGCAAGUGUGGGCCAGACAAUAUUCAUCCUGACUAAUGGUGGUUCCACGAGCUAUGAAGAUAAGAAAAACCAAGAAUUUGUUAUCAAGCUGAGCCUGGAAACUAAUGAAAGAAAACCUAUUUUGGUGACACCUAAUGUAGAUAGAAAGCGAAAGGCCGAAUGGGACUUGUCAAACUUUGGAAAGAAGGAAAGGGAAUAUGGAUCUUCGGUGGCAGGGGAGACAGGCAACAGCAAGAAGGACUUAUCGAGGCAAUCGAGCUUUAAUACGCUUGAUCUGAACAUAAGGGCUGAGGAGAACGAUGAAAGCGAGGACAAACAAGGGGAGCAUAGCCCCGUUUCGAGCGAUUUGACUCGCGAAACCCCAACCGAUCCCCGAAGCAGGCCGCAUGGAUUUCUUAAGUUGAUCGAGAACCGCUUUGUUUUCGACCGAAGCCCCGCUAGGGAUAGAGAGAUGAUAGAGCUUAUCUUGUCAAAGAUCAAAGGGUCGUUCGAGGAGGUUUGUGGGAAGCAAAACGUGGAAAGUUUCAGCGUAGAAGAGAGGGUGUUAGAGGAGGUGUUAGUCGGCUCUGCUUCUUUUCCCAACAGUUUGUUUGAGAAAUGGCUGAAAGACAUUUUCCAAACGAGCUUACGAACGGUCGAUUUUGGAGGGAAGAAGGGUAUGGGCGUUAGGCUGUGUUUGGAUGGCAAAGAAGAUGGGAUUUUGGAGGAUGGCUUCUUGGGUUCACGUCUACCUAAGACAAUUCAAGUUUCUUACUAAUUAAUUAAAUUUGGGGUGGGUUUUUUCUUUUUAAUAUGUGAAGUCUUUUUAAUAUUACUGCUCAUUUUCCUAA